AUGCUGGCUAGUUUAAAUUAAAUAAAGUAUUUAAAAAAUCUACUAAUUUCUUAAAAGGUAACUUCUGUUUUAAAGGCGGAUAUGCAUAAAAUAUUAGAGUUUCAAUCUGUAGUGCUGGCUGCAGGCCGAGGGUCCCGGCUACCUGAUGUGGGCGGAAACGUCUCAAAAUGCCUGCUACCUGUUGGACCAUACCCAAUACUAUGGUACUCAUUGAACAUGCUGGAAAAAAUUGGUUUCCAAGAAACAAUGGUUGUGGUCUUAGAUGAAGACAAAUCACACAUCCUUAAUGCCUUAGAAAAAUGCCCUUUGAAAAUAAAAUACGAAUUAAUAGUAAUACCAUCCGAUGAAGACUGGGGAACAGCAAACUCAUUGAAAAACAUUAGUAACAGAGUUACUACAGACUUAGUGGUUGUUUCGGGGGACCUGAUUACAAAUGUGGACCUGAAUGAUGUACUGAAUUUGUACCGUAAACAUGAUGCUUCUCUUACUACACUUUUCUUCAACAAUGGUCCAGAAGAAUGGAUAGAACUUCCCGGUCUAAAAUCAAAAGUGAAGCCGGACAGAGACUUGGUCUGCAUAGAUAGGGAAACUCAUAGAUUAGUAUUCUUAGCUAGUGCCAGUGACUUUGAAGAGAAUGUAACAAUUCCUAGAAUUUUGAUUAAGAAAUUCAACUCUAUAAGCAUGUAUAGCAGACUAUUAGAUGCACAUGUCUAUGUUAUGAAGAAAUGGGUCAUAGACUACCUCGUGGAUUCAGAUAAAUUUAUAUCAGUAAAAGGAGAACUUGUACCAUAUAUUGUUAAAAAGCAGUUAUCGAAACCUAAAAGUCAAGUGGAUAAAAAAGGUGCCUCAGAAAAGAACAUUGACACUACGAAGGAUAUUUUCGAUUUCGCUGUAGAGCAUGGGUAUGAACAUAAAAUACGAGAGAUGUCAUCGUUCAAUGACCAUAAGUUAGGCAGCAAAGGAGUAUAUUGUAAUGAUAUUUUAAGGUGCUAUGCGUACAUACCAAAUAAAAAUACUUUUGGUAUGAGGAUUAAUACACUUUCUUCAUUCUAUUUAGCUAACAGUAAGAUAUUAUCACAAUGGGAAGAACUAACGGGGUCAGCGUUAUCAGAAAGGUUACAUCCAGACAGUGAUGUUAAGACAAAGCAAAUUGAUGAAAGCAGUACUGUAGGAGCGAAGAGCUUGGUCAGCGAAAAGACUUCAAUAAAGAACAGUUUUAUUGGUGCUAAUUGUACCAUUGAGAAUAAAGUACGGCUUUCAAAUUGUAUAUUGAUGAACAAUGUUACAGUUAAAGAAGGUUGUGUACUCCAAGACUGCAUAGUCUACACCGGUGCAACGGUCGACACUGGAUGCAAUCUGCAAUACUGCCUGGUGGGACCACACCACGUUGUACCACCUACCACUUCUAGCAACCACCAGUUGCAUGCCGAAACCACUGAUAAUAUGAUAACUUUGGGAUAAUUUAUUUACAUUGUUGUUAAUAUUUGAUUAAAUAUA